AUGGGCGGGAAGCUCCCCGUCAUCCCCCUGAACCCCCGCGAGAAGCACACUCAGCCCAUCGUAGACUUCAACCUGGAGGAGAACCUGCUCCAGUACGUGAGGCCCAGCCGAUGGGUGGCCAUCAAUGUUGGAGACUUCCCACUGCUGAGAUUCAACUGGGUCGUUUCCCUGUUAGCGUCAGUGAUCCUGUGGGUGUUCAUCAUCGUAGUCUUGACGGCUCAAGACAACGCACAGGGAAUCAACGUUGCUCUCCUUGAGUUCAACAACACGUGGCAACCUUGGAUCACGCAGAACUUCACGUGGUUUUACAUCUUCACACAAGAUAUUUGGUGCGUCUUCGUGGUGUACAUCGCCUUCUCCAAGUACGGAAACAUCAAGCUCGGGAAGGAUGAUGAGAAGCCCGCGUUCAGCGACUUCUCUUGGUUCGUCAUGCUCUUUUGCAGUGGCAUAGCCGUUGGCUUCUACUUCUAUGGCGUGCGAGAGCCUCUUACUUAUUACAGAGCUUCUUACUACAACGUCUUGUACAAGCCCGGGUGGUUGAACGACGACCAGCGAGCCCAGCAGGCGAUCUUCAUCACCCUCUACCAUUGGGGCAUCCACGCGUGGGCUUGCUACAUCAUCGUUGCGAUGGUCCUCGGCUUUGUCGCCUUCCGAUGGGAUAGGCCGUUGACAUUGCGUCAAGCUUUCUUCCCCCUCGUUGGGCAUGUGAUCGAUGGCUUUGUUGGCGACAUCAUUGACUCUGUCGCCAUGGCCUGUACCACCUUUGGUGUCUGCACCUCCCUUGGGUUUGGUGUCAUGACGAUGGUCCACGGCCUUCGGAGAAUAGACUGCGGUAAGUUUGACAUGCCGACAAGAACAUUUGCUGGUGCAUUGAUGCUUUCAAUAGUUGGAGCCAUCUGGAUCAUCACCCUGAUUGCGACAGUCUCGGUCGUCACGGGGCUCAACCACGGAAUCAAGGCUCUCUCCCUGGUUGCCUUCGGUCUGGGCAACAUGUUGCUCGUGAUGCUCCUGUUGACCGACGACACCUGGUUCUUGUUGAACUCCUACGUGCAGUCUCUGGGUCACUACAUCACUUACGUGAUUCAAGUCGGGUUCGAGUGCGAUACAUGGCCUCAGCUCAACUUUGAGUUCAGAAACAACGGAGAUAACAAGCUCUGGGACUCAGGCUCCAACAAGCUCUACGAUACCGUGACCAAAGCCAUCGGACGCCCUCUGACGGAACCCGACACUGCGUUUGGGUCACAAAGCUCCAAUUGGAUCGGAUGGUGGACCAUCUUCUACUGGGGCUGGUGGAUCUCAUGGGCCCCCUUUGUCGGCAUGUUCGUUGCGACCAUCUCGCGAGGCAGGACCUUGCGUCAGAUCUUCAUGGGAGCGAUUGCAGCCCCUAUCUUUUACAGCUUCUUCUUCUUAGUCGUCAUGGGAUCUCUCGGUAUCAAGAUGGAGAGGGUGGCCGAGCUUUCUCUUUUGGAUCCAAAGACUACGAAUUAUGAGCAGAUAUGGAAGACGGGGAUGGUCAACUGCACGGCGAUGGGCUACAGUAAGUCUUGUUUCUGGACAGGCGAUGGUCAGCCUCAGUCUGUUGCCGCCAGGAAGCUCGCUGAGGUUGGAUACUAUGCGCUUCCCUGCAGAAACCCCGACGAUGUCUUUUUCGAUGUUAUGGAGCCGUAUGGCAAAGGCAUCGCAACGUAUCUCAAGCUCAUCUCCGUCAUCGGCGUUGUCCUCUACUUCGUGACCUCGUCUGAUUCAGGCUCUUACGUCGACGACAUCCUCUCUGCAGGAGGUAUGGCGCAUCCUCCGGUCCUUCAGCGCGUCUACUGGGCCAUCACAGAGGGAGCGUGCGCUACUGCCAUCCUCUAUGCGGGAGGAUCGGAUGCUCUCACAGCGCUGAGGGCCGUCUCCAUCUGCUCUGGUCUCCCGCUCACCAUCGCCAUCUGCCUCAUGUGCACGGCGUUGCUGAGAGCGUGCAAGUACGACAUGAUGGAAGAGGACAUUCACUCGUCGACUCGCUUCAUCGUCGGGCUCUUCGACUGGGCUGAUGGCUUCCAACCAGCAGGCAUCCCAUCUGAGCUCGAGCCAGGGCUGCAGAGGCGGAUCAGAUCUCUCGUGAUCUCUAUCUUCGCUCCCUUCAUCACCAUCCACAAGGUCCACCACAAGUUCUACAACAACGUGGCGAUCGUGCACACGGCUAUCACAGGCAUGCUCUUCAUCACAUGGAUCGGUUGCAUGAUCGGAGAGGUCGGCACCACCAACGCUGCCUACGUGGGAUGGACCAUGUACAUUUUCUUCGCCGCUCAUCUGACCGCAACGAGGUUGCAAGCAAGGCUUGCUUACAAGGUCUACGGGUCAGCCUUCGAGGACUUCUUCGCCUGUCUCAUCAUGUACCCCUUUGUCAUCUCUCAGCUCGACCUGCAGGUGGAGUCUCAGGUGGAGGUCCAUGAUGAGGAUGCCCCUGCCCCGUACAGAGGCAAGCACGUCCCCGCCGACAAGCCUCACCGUGAAAUGAUGGACUACAAUCAUGUCAUGGAGUUCCAUGGCCCCGCAAAGCCUAUUUCCUCACCCCAGGCGGUUUCUCCCCAUUACUCGCCGUACUCGGGCCAGUACCCGUCCCAGUUUUCUUCCCGGCAACCCUCCCAGCAGGCUCCCUCGGGUGCGCCGGCGGUCCAGCUCCUCCCUCAGCCUGAGUUUCAGAUGGGAGUGGCUCCUGAACAGUUUUCUAUGGCGGUCGGCUCGGCUUAA